CCGCGGGGCUGGCACUGCGCACAUGAUCGCGACGCUCGUAUAAGAGAAGUAGCGGGAAAGCAGCUCGCUGAGCCCAGAGGACGGGAACUUCGCUCACCUCUGUGCCGCAGCGGAGCUGGGUAGGACUGGCGCCGGGAUCCCUCCGUGGUGAAGCAGCAGCAGCAGCAGCGCACGGGCGCUAACGCGGCUCUCCAAACGCGCGCCGGUCAACAGCAACUGCAGGGCGGCUGCAAUCCCCAAACUUCGCCGGGCUGCCCACGUGUUUCCAGGUUGUUUAGUGGGCAGCAAAGGCAAGGCGCUCGGCUGACCUGCCGCCGGGGGAGCGCAGGAGCUGGCCGGCGGCGUGCACAGGGUGGCGCCCGCCGUCGGGGGAGGUUCCGAGGAGAUGCUGGAAGUUGCCGGGACUUCGCUGGAUGUACUAAGGGGCUCCGGAGGCGUGUGAGCUACUUGGCUGCUGCUGCUGCCGCUGCCGCCGCCGCCGUCCUGCCUUGCGCGCCUCGCUCUGCCUUGUCCCCUCGCCGCCUCCAAGGAGGGCGGUUUCUGGUGACUCCCCGGCGCCGCUGCCGGCGACGACCUGCAGCCCCCGUCCUUUUGCUGCUGCUGCCGCGAGUCCCCGGAGCCGAAGGAUGCAGUUCCGUUUCUUCUCUUUUGCCUUGAUCAUCCUGAACUGUAUGGAUUACAGUCACUGCCAAGGCGGCCGCUGGAGACGCAGCAAGAGAGCCAACUAUGGACCAAAUCCAAUUUGCAAAGGCUGUUUGUCUUGCUCAAAGGACAAUGGAUGCAUCAGAUGUCAGCAUAAGCUGUUCUUCUUUCUCCGAAGGGAAGGGAUGAGGCAAUAUGGGGAAUGCUUGAAUUCCUGCCCACCAGGGUACUACGGUCUGCGAGCCCCAGACAUGAACAGAUGUUCAAGAUGCAGAAUAGAGAACUGUGAUUCUUGCUUCAGUCGAGAUUUUUGCACAAAGUGCAAGCCUGGGUUUUAUCUCUACCGGGGUCGUUGCUUUGGAGAAUGUCCCGACGGCUUUGCACCUUUAGAGGAGACCAUGGAAUGUGUGGAAGGCUGUGAAGUGGGCCCUUGGAGUGAAUGGGGGACGUGCAGCAGAAAUAACAAGACCUGCGGAUUUAAGUGGGGCUUGGAAACGCGGACGAGGCAAAUUGUGAAAAAGCCAGCAAAAGACACAAUACCCUGCCCAACCAUUGCGGAGUCCAGAAGAUGUAAAAUGGCCCUGAGGCACUGUCCGGGAGGAAAGAGGACACCGAAGAUAAAAGACAAGAAGAAGAAGAAAAAGAAUUUAAUGGAGCGAGCACAAAAGCAGCACAGCCUCUUCUUAGCUACAGACCGAGCUGGCCAAUAAAGACUUUGGUCAUGUGUUUUUGUUUUUUGUUUUU